AUGUCCACCACCCAGCCACCAGAAAUCAACCCAAACAACCCCCUAGCGGGCGUGGGCCAAAGCCUCGACCGCACCGGCUUCCUCGUCCUCCUCUGGAUCCUCUUCUCCGUCGCCACCCUCUUCUUCUUCCUCCGCCUCGUCGUCCGGUGGCGGCAAAACAGCAGCUUCGUCGCCGAUGACUACUGGAUCUCCUUCGCCUUCCUCUGCCUCGUCGUCUACGUCGCGCUGCAGAUGCAGCAGAUGGACUCUCUCUGGUACAUGACCUACCUUCGGUCCCACCGCAUCGCCGAGAGCGAAGAGACGCCGCGCCAGGAAAACGAGCUUCUACGGUGGCAGUUUCCUCUCAUCGUCCUCUUCUGGUCCGUCCUGUGGUCCGUCAAGGCGAGCUUUAUGGCCGCCUUUUACCGAAUCGUUGCACCCCUCACUCUCUACCGCCGCUUGUGGUAUGGCGUCGCCGUCUUCACCGCCCUGUCCUAUAUCGCCUGCUGGGUUUCUGUCCUCGUGACAUGCGACUCGCCCGGCGACUAUUUUGCCGGAAAAUGUCACUCGGAACGAGAAAUGCGCCGCCAGCGCGACAGCAUCAUCUUCUCCAGCACCAUCGACAUCACCACAAGCCUCAUGAUCCUCGCCCUCCCCGUCGCCAUCCUGCCCCGCCUGCAACUCGACACCCGCAAGAAAAUCGGCCUGGGCAUCGCCUUCAGCCUAGGCGGCAUCACCGUCGGCGUCACCGCCGUCCGCCUCGCCCGCGCCCUGCCGGCGGGGAACAUGGACCUCCUGGCCCUCGCGGUCUGGGGCUGCGUCGAGGCCUCGGCCGCCGUGCUCGUCGGCUCCAUCCUCCCGCUCAAGGCCCUCCUCUCGCGCCGCGUGCGCAAGUACCGCUCGUCGGGGGGCCGCAUGCUGGAACGGGAGGUCGGGUACGACGGCGGCAGCGCCGGGUCCCGCACGGUCAUGGCGCGGGCUGCGGCCGUGUUGCCGCUUCCCGAUGCGCAUCGUGGGAGCGCGUUUAAUGGGGGUAUAUACGUCCAGCACACGUACGAGACACGGGUGGAGCUCGAGGGGGACUUUCCUUCGCGUGGUGGUGAUGAUGGUGAUGAUGAUGAGGUUGCUAUUGUGAAGCCGAGGCCGAGGGGUGAUGUAUAA